AUGAAUCCAAGCAGUUCACACAGCUCCUCGGAGCUGAGGAUUGUCCUUUUUGGACCAAAAAAUGCUGAGAAAAGUUCUGCAGGAAACACUAUCCUGGGCAAAAAGGAGUUUGACUUGAAGAAGACUUUGCACUGUAAGAAGAUACACAGUGAAAUAUCUGGCACGAAGAUCACUGUGGUUGAUACUCCAGGCUGGUGGGGAAAUUUACCCUUUGAAGAAAAUCCUGAACUGUACAAACAGGAAAUUGUCCUGAGUGUGACUAAAUGUCCUCCAGGACCUCAUGUCCUGCUUCUGGUCUUAAAUGUGGACACAUUAUUUCAACAAAAUGAAAAAGACAUUCUGUGUGAUAAUAUUAGAUGCUUUGGGGAUGAAGUAUGGAGGCACACAAUAGUGUUGUUCACCUCUACAGAUCAUCCUGGAGAUAAAACAACUCAAGUGUUGGAGAAUGAAACCCUCCAGUGGCUCAUUGAGAAAUGUGGGAACAGGUAUCAUAAGCUAAAUAUAAAAAAUUGGGGUGAUGGAUCUCAGGUCACAGAAUUGCUUAAGAAAAUACAGGAGAUGGUGGAAGAAAACAGAGGCGGCCAUUAUAAAAUAAACAGAGAGAUUUUGCACCAUGUGGAGGAGAAGAUGCGAGAACAGGAAAAGAGAGCAGAGGAAAGAAGGAUAAAAAAUCAGCAUCUAAAAGACAAGACAAGAACACGUGGAGAUGAACAUCCACUCUCAGAGCUGAGGAUGGUGCUGCUGGGAUAUAAUGGAUCUGGGAAGAGUUCAGCAGGAAACAUCAUCCUGGGCAAAUCUGCUUUUGAUUUAAAAAGAUCACUUUCAUCUGAAGUACGAGGAGGAGAUGUUGCUGGGAGACACAUCACUGUGGUUGAUACUCCAGGCCGAAGAAGAAAUUACCACUCAAAAUACACCCCCAGACUCUAUAAAGAUGAGGUUGUGUUGAGUCCAUCUCACUGUCCUCCAGGACCUCACAUCUUUCUCCUGGUCAUAAGAACAGAUGUUUCUUUCACUGAAGUGUACAGAAGGGCAGUAGAGCAACAUGUUGCCUUUCUUGGUGUAAAUGUCUGGAAUCACAUGAUUGUUCUCUUUACCUUUGGCGACUGGUUGAGAGACACAAGCAUUGAGCUGUUCAUUGAGAGUGAAGGAGAAGCUCUUAAGUCGAUAAUAGACAAAUGUGGGAACAGAUAUCAUGUCUUCAAUAACAAGAACACAGAUGAUGAUAAUCAAGUGACUGAGCUGUUUGAAAAGAUUGAUAAGAUGGUCGCAGGAAACAAAGGACGCUGUUUUGAGAUAAACAAUAAGAAUUUACAAGAGGUGAAAAACAGAAGGAUGAAAGUAGAGGAAAGAGCAAAACAGAUACGAGAUGAAGUGCAAAAAAGAAAUGAAUUGAGACAUUCAACAUCAGGAGGUGCUGAACUUUUUGAAAUGAGGUUGGUGUUACUUGGACCACACUAUUCUGACAAGAGUUCAACUGGGAACACAAUUUUGGGAAGAAAAGCAUUUGACAGAAGAAUAGAAGAGAAUUUAAAAGAAAAUGGGGAAGUGUCUGGAUGGAAUCUCACUGUGGUUUACACACCAGGUUUUGAGAAAGAUUACCUUAUUGGAAAAGGACUUGAGGAUGCUAAGCUCAACAUUUUGAGAAGUGUAACAGAAGAUUCUUCAGGAACACAUGCUUUCAUUUUAGUGUGGAGUGUUGACUCUUCCUUUGCAGAUGAAGAGAAGUGCGCACUAGAGAAAAUCAUGGAGCCUCUCGGUGAAAAUGUCUGGAAUCACUCGCUGGUUGUGUUCGCUGUUGGAGAUGAACUAGGAGACACUCCCAUAGAGUUAUUCAUAGCAAGUGAAGGAGACGCUCUCCAGUGGCUCAUUGAGAAAUGUGGGAAAAAAUAUCAUGUUCUCAACAAUAAGAACUGGGGUGAUGGAUCUCAGGUCACAGAACUGCUGGAGAAGAUCGAGGAGAUGGUGGCAGGAAACAGAGGAUGUCUUUAUAAACUAGAUGAAGAGACGUUAGAGAGAGUUGAAAGAACAGCUGCUGUACCCAUUAAAAGAGCACAUAGCAUGGAUGAUCCACUAAAUCUUGCUGAAGGAUGCAGUCCUUCCUCAGGGAUCAGUUCAGCAUGUGUGUCCCAGAGAUCACAAGAAACACCUAAAGAGAAGCAUUUCAUGUCAAGUUCAAAAAGGAGCUCUGGAGUGGAGUCUCUUGGCUCUAUUCCUGAGUUUGAUGGAGAACCUGACUCAGAUGAAGAUACAUGUGCAGUCUAACACUGUCUAUACUUUAUUGCAUGAUUCUUUUUUUCUUUUCUUUUCUUUUCUUUUCUUUUCUUUUCUUUUCUUUUCUCAUUCUGAUUAUAAGAACAGUUUCCUGCAUUUAAUAGUAAGUUUAUAUAUCUUUCAUUACCUGUUUAGAUCUGUACAUAUAGAACAGUUACAAUUAAAGUGCUUAAACUGCAUACAUACAAG